GGGAGGAGCGAGGAGGAGGAGCUGAAGGUCAGAGCUGCAGCAGCAUCCUCAGCAUCCAUCCCCGAACCUCUGGACCGGUCCGGACCGUCCCGCUGCAGCCAUGGGGAACCGGGGCAUGGAGGAGCUGAUCCCGCUGGUCAACCGGCUGCAGGACGCCUUCUCCUCCAUCGGGCAGAACGCCAGCCUGGACCUGCCGCAGAUCGCGGUGGUGGGCGGACAGAGCGCCGGGAAAAGCUCGGUUCUGGAGAACUUCGUGGGCAAGGACUUCCUGCCCCGUGGAUCAGGAAUCGUCACCAGGCGUCCCCUGGUUCUUCAGCUCAUCAACUGUCCCACAGAAUAUGCAGAGUUCCUGCACUGCAAGGGGAAGAAGUUCACGGAUUUCGAUGAGGUUCGCCAGGAGAUCGAGGCUGAAACAGAUCGAGCGACGGGACACAACAAAGGAAUCAGUCCGGUGCCCAUAAACCUGAGAGUGUACUCCCCCAAUGUGCUCAACCUGACUCUGGUGGACCUUCCGGGGAUGACGAAGGUCCCGGUGGGUGACCAGCCUGCCGACAUCGAGCACCAGAUCAGAGAAAUGCUGAUGCAGUUUGUUACUAAGGACAACUGUCUCUUAUUGGCCGUGUCUCCUGCUAAUUCCGACCUCGCCAACUCCGAUGCUUUGAAGAUCGCCAAGGAAGUUGAUCCACAAGGUCUGAGGACGAUCGGUGUCAUCACCAAACUGGACCUAAUGGAUGAAGGAACCGACGCCAGAGACAUUCUGGAGAACAAGCUGCUGCCGCUGCGCAGGGGCUAUGUUGGGGUGGUGAACCGCAGUCAGAAGGACAUCGAUGGGAAGAAAGACAUCACAGCAGCUAUGCAGGCUGAGAGGAAGUUCUUCCUGUCCCAUCCUGCCUACCGUCACCUGGCUGACCGCAUGGGCACCGCCUACCUGCAGAAGGUCCUCAACCAGCAACUAACCAAUCACAUUCGAGAUACGUUGCCGGCGUUACGGAGCAAGCUGCAGAGCCAGCUGCUUUCCAUCGAAAAGGAGGUAGAGGAGUACAAGAACUUCAGACCGGACGACCCCAGCCGCAAGACCAAGGCCCUGCUGCAGAUGGUGCAGCAGUUUGCGGUGGACUUUGAGAAACGGAUCGAAGGUUCUGGAGAUCAAGUGGACACCUACGAGCUGUCAGGAGGAGCCAAAAUAAACCGGGUCUUCCAUGAGCGCUUUCCCUUCGAGUUGGUCAAGCUGGAGGGCGACGAGAAGACACUGCGCAAGGAGAUCAGCUACGCCAUCAAAAACAUCCACGGAAUCAGGACGGGUCUCUUCACACCAGACAUGGCCUUUGAGACCAUCGUCAAGCGCCAGAUCGCUCAGCUCAAAGAACCGUGCCAGAAGUGCGUGGACCUGGUGAUCAGUGAGCUCGUCAACACUGUCAGGCAGUGUACUAACAAGCUAGCUCAGUAUCCAAUGCUCCGAGAAGAGAUGGAACGAAUCGUCACUCAGCACAUCAGAGACAGAGAGAGCCGCACCAAAGACCAGGUGAUGCUGCUGAUUGACAUUGAGCUGGCCUAUGUCAACACUAAUCAUGAGGAUUUUAUCGGCUUUGCAAAGUAAGAACCUUACAGUUUUCUAGUGAUACUGCCAUCUGUGGCCAAACACAGAACUGCACAGAACACCUGGUCAACUGGACAUGAAGACACCUGGGCAGGCUUGACAUGUCCCUGUGUCCCCCUGCAGGAGAAGGAGAAGAAGUACAUGCUCCCUGUGGACAACCUGAAGCUGAAGGACAUCGAGAAGAGCUUCAUGUCCAGCAAACACAUCUUCGCCCUGUUCAGCACCGAGCACAGGAACGUCUAUAAGGACUACCGGCAGCUGGAGUUGGCCAGUGAGUCCCAGGAGGAAGUGGACAGUUGGAAGGCAUCUUUCCUACGUGCUGGAGUGUACCCUGAACGCAGCGUGGACAAAGAGAAGGUGGAGGCCGAGGAGUCCAGUUCCGAUGGGCAGAUCCACAGCAUGGACCCGCAGCUGGAAAGACAGGUGGAGAUUGUCCGGAACCUUGUGGACUCGUACCUGUCCAUCAUCCACCGCACCGUCAGAGACCUUAUCCCCAAGACCAUCAUGCACCUGAUGGUCAACAAUACCAAAGACUUCAUCCACUCAGACCUGCUGGCCCAACUCUACUCCUGUGGAGACCAGAACUCCCUGAUGGAGGAGUCCCAGGAACAGGCUAUGCGGCGGGACGAGAUGCUGCGGAUGUACUUUGCCCUGAAGGAAGGUCUGAACAUCAUUGGUGACAUCAGCACCUCCACCGUUACCGUGGCAGCGCCCCCCCCAGUGGACGACUCGUGGCUGCAGGUGACGGGGAUGCCGUCUGGACGCAGGUCCCCUAUGUCCAGUCCGACCCCCCAGCGGCGGGCCCCGCCCGGUCCGCCCAGACCCGGCGGCCGUGCAGCUCCCGGCCCUCCUGGUCGUCCGGCAGUGUCUCCUGAUCCUGGAGGACAGGCACCGUCUGUUCCCUCUCGGCCCAACAGAGCGCCCCCUCCCGGAGUACCCAGUCGUCCCAGUAAAGGUAGCCCCGCCCACGGAGAGAGCCCCCAGUCGUCUAUGGAGGGUUGAGCUGAGGACCCUCUGAGUGUUUGUGUCCGUUUGUGAUUAUUGGUGUUCAUGUUGAUGACCAUAAGAAGCUUGUUGUGAUGAAUCCAACCGUCUGCUGUCUGAGGAGAGGCGGCCUAGCUCCCUUUCUGUCUCGCUGUGGACAUGGACAACUCCAGGGACGUCCUAAAAACCAAGACCUGUCGAUCUGCCCUGGAUCUUCCGGUCCAUCUGGGAUCAAUUAUGGACUUUUGUCUUCAGUUUCCUGGUUGGUCUCCAGGCUGGAGCUGAGAUGUUCUGAGAAGUUUCUUUACAGUGUAAAGUUUUAUUUAUUGUCCAUUUCUUGGUUAUUCAUGAUCUGCUGCUUUUUUUUGAUCAUUUGUUCUGUUGGACCUGGUUUGAGCUGUUGGACUAAUUUCUGAUUUGAGUUCUUACUGAUCAAAUGUGGUUUGAUCCAGCUGGUCUCCACCGAUCCAGUCCUGUGUAUGAAUGGUUCUACCUCAUCCAGACUCAUCCCUACAGAUACCAGUGGGUCAGAUCUGGUUCCAACUGGCUUCACUAGAUCAGAUCUAGUUCCAAUCGGAUUCAGUGGUCAGAUCUAGUUCAAACUGGUUUAAGUGGGUCAUAUCUGGUUCCAACCAGCUUCAGUGGCUCAGAUAUGGUCCCUGCUGGCUAGAACCAAAUGGUUCUAAUUGGGUAGACCUAUUCCAGUAGACCCCACUGAGACAAGCUGUUUACUGUGGGUCUGAAAUGGUUCCAGUCUUAUCUCCAUAUGAGGCCACUUUCUGAACCAGUUUAGAUCCCAGUUUCCCAAACACCUGUGCAUUGUCUUCUGGAAGAAUCUUAUAAAAAUUCCUUUGAUUUUAUUUCAAGGAAACUUUUCAAAGUGUCAUUUUCUGGGGUUCUCCAUGCAGAGAUUUAAAAGCCAAGUUCGGACCUCCAGCUGUGCCAGCAACAGCUGAAGAACCUGUUUAGAUCCUGGUCUCUCAUUCAAUAUUGUGGUGUUAUUGUUGUAUUAAAGUUUAUAUCAACUGCAAUCAAACUAGACUGAGAUAUGUGUACCAGAACAAUCCUUCAAAGAUCCUCAGGGUGGACUUCAUUUCAGAAACAGCCUGUCCCACCUAUCACCUGGGAUCAUCAGCCAAUCAGAGCAGAAGCAGAGGAACCAAUAGAAAGCCUAGAGUUUAAAACAUUUCUGUCCUGUUGGUUCUGAUAUGCCGAAUAUUUGAUGAUCUGAUGCUUCUGAAGUCCUGAAUGGUUUCUGAUGAGCCAAGCAGCAAGGAUCUGAUGGAUCUUCUCAUCUAUGUUUUCUCUUGGUGUUGUGAUGAUGGUGGCGUGUUAGAGGAGCUCCAUGUUAGCGUGUGCUAGCCGUGUUGUGUUCUCAGUGUUAGCAUGUUGAUAACCUGCUGCAGGUUCCUGUUAAACUCUGAUGAUGUAAAAUACUCUGACUCUGUAACUCUGUGCAUCAUGUGACCAAAACAUGUUAAACUCAAU